CCACGGCCAAAGAGACACAGCACAGAUCCUGCUCUCUCGAGGUGCCAAGUACGUUGCUGAUAAGAAUGGAGUCACUCCUCUGGAUCUCUGUGUGCAGGGUGGAUAUGGGGAAACAUGUGAGAUUCUCAUGCAGCACCAUCACAGAUUGUUCCAGACUCUCAUCCAGAUGACACAAAAUAAAGACAUUAAAGAGAACAUGCUUAGGCAGGUUCUGGAGCACGUGUCGCAGCAGAGUGAUGGUCAUUACCACAGAGUCUUGAUAAGUCUUGCAGAAGUGGCAACCACCAAUGGUCACAAACUUCUCAG